GUGGAUAAGCGUCGCUUGGUUUAAGCCUCACGAGAACUGGCACCACCGCUGGCAAACUGUACAUGCCAGCCGACUUUCUCUCCACCUCUCGGAAAGCUGUUAGUUGUCCGGCCAGAUGACGGCCUGGUAGAGCAGCUGAGUUGAUGGAGUGAUCGGAUCAAGAUCAGGCGACGCCGUCUUUCUCUCCUCAUUCCGUGCAGCUGGUCGACCUGAUCUGCCCUCCGCAGUCUCGGUCCACCGCUGCCGAGGCUUCUAAAAGACGCUUCAGAGUAGCCGACGCCGUCAAACGAAGCGAGUGAAUAAGAUGUCAUUAAUCAUUGGCGGCCGAGUUGAUCGCUGGAGCUCCUCCACCCUCUUUCUCUCCCUUAGCUUCUUCUUACUCUUAGUCUCUUCCUUACAUUUCACCUUGGCACAAACUUCCAACUGUUCUCUGGGUCCGGGCGAAAGGGCUGCUCUGAAGGAGAUCGGUAGCAUCCUGGGGAAGAAGAACUGGAACUUCAGCGUUAACCCUUGCAGUGGUUUAUCAGGAUGGGUCGACCUGAACCCCGUGAAGGGAUUCGCCAACGAUGUUCAAUGUACUGGGCCAAUAAACAACACUCGGUCAAUAAACACUACCAACUGUUACGUUAGCAGCAUACUGCUCCAAUCUCAAGGCCUCGCCGGAAUACUUCCGAAGAACCUGACUAAAUUGCAACAUCUUGGCCAACUUGAUCUCACUCGCAACUACUUGAGUGGAACAAUACCAAAGGAAUGGGCUGCGCUCCGAAUCGUCAAUAUAUCUCUCAUGGGGAACCGCUUAUCUGGUCCUAUUCCAAAGGAACUUGGGAGCAUCAUGACCCUCAAGAAUAUAUCACUUGAAGGGAACCAGUUAUCUGGAAAUAUUCCCCCACAAAUUGGAAAUUUGAUCCAUUUGGAGAGGCUGGUCCUUUCAUCAAAUAAUUUUAGUGGAGAAUUGCCACAAACAUUGAAAAGCUUGACAAAUAUGACUGAUUUUAGGAUAAGUGACAAUGCCUUUUCCGGGAAGUUUCCUGAAUUUAUUGGGAAGUGGGUGAACCUAACUAUCCUAGAAAUUCAAGGCACUAAUCUUAUGGGGCCCAUUCCCCCUGGCCUAAGCAGCUUGACAAAACUAUCAAAGUUGGUAGUUAGUGGCAUAAGUGGAACAAGUUCAAACUUCCCUGACAUAAGCAAAAUGACUGGCUUAAAAACACUUCUUAUGGGCAGGGUAUUGCGCAAUUGUAUGCUGUCUGGUCAAAUUCCUGAAAAUAUUGGUGCACUCAAAGGCUUGAAACUACUUGACCUGAGUUUUAAUAACCUGACAGGUGAGGUGCCAAAAUCUUUAGGAGGCACAAAGUUAAUGUUCUUGUUUCUGACAAACAACAGCCUGACUGGCACACUAACAAAUGCAUUAACGUCGCAAAAAAACUGGGAUUUUUCAUACAAUAACUUCACAAACGUGCCUGAUGAAGGUUGUUUGCCUGAAAGCGCCAAUUUAGUCAAAAGUGUGAAGGCGUGGGAAAAAGACAACAUCAUACAUUCUUGCUUGAAGGGAAGCUGCAAAAGUAGAAAACCAAAAUACCUUUCUUUUCACGUGAACUGUGGUAGCAAGGAUUCAGUUACUGUUGGGAACACGGUGUUUGAGGGAGAGGAUUUUACAAAGGGUGCUGCAGUUUUCUUCACAACUAAACCGAGCUGGGCAUUGAGCAACACAGGGACUUUCCUGGACAAUGAUAAUGAUGAUGAUAGCUACACUGCUUCGGGUAACCUAAGUUUUGUGCCUGAAGCAAAAGCAGAAGCAAACUUGUACACAAACGCUCGUAUUUCUCCAAUCUCGCUCAAAUACUACGGGUUGUGCCUCUAUAACGGGCUUUAUACCGUGAAGCUUUACUUUGCUGAGAUAGUUAUAUCUAAUGAUAAGAAUUUUAGCAGUCUGGGGAACCGUAUUUUCAAUGUGUAUAUUCAGGGGAAGCUCGAAAAGAAGGAUUUCAAUAUAAAAAAAGCCGCUGGUAUGUCUGGGAAAGCCAUCGUUCUAAAUUUCACUAGCGUGAACGUAACGGAUAACACACUCGAGAUUCACUUCUUUUGGGAUGGAAAGGGCACUACAGGGAUUCCAGCAAGAGGAGUAUAUGGUCCUCUUGUAUCAGCCAUUUCUGUAGAAGCUGAGUUCUCGAAGCCCAAGGACAUGAAGGUUAUCAUUGCAGUAGUGAGUGGUUUGCUGUCUUUUUUCUUGUUGAUAUUAUUGGUUGUUGGCAUUCUAUGGAAGGUCGGGUAUCUGCGCAGGCAAGAAGAACCAGCUUUUGCAGAACUUGACAAACUUGACCUCCAAACUGGUUCCUUCACUUUGAGACAAAUUAAAGCAGCCACAAUGAACUUUGAUGCUGUUAACAAGAUUGGGGAAGGAGGUUUUGGAUCUGUUUACAGGGGUCAUCUAUCAGAUGGGACCGUUAUCGCAGUAAAGCAGCUUUCUGCCAAGUCAAAGCAGGGAAGCCGUGAAUUCAUCACAGAGAUAGGCCUCAUUUCUGGCUUGCAACACCCAAACCUCGUAAAGCUUUAUGGUUGCUGCACUGAAGGCAGAGAACUGUUACUUGUAUAUGAGUACAUGGAAAACAAUUCUCUUGCCCAUGCACUGUUCGGUCGCAAAGACAAUAAACUGAAACUGGACUGGCCUACACGGCGUAACAUUUGCAUUGGAAUAGCUAGAGGUUUGGCCUACCUUCAUGAAGAGUCCACUUUGAAGAUUGUGCACAGAGACAUAAAAUGUACCAACAUUCUGCUUGACAAGGAUUUGAAUGCUAAAAUAUCAGAUUUUGGGCUUGCCAAGCUUGAUGAAGAGGAAGACACACAUAUCAGCACUCGCAUCGCUGGAACAUUUGGAUAUAUGGCACCAGAAUAUGCGAUGCGAGGUCAUCUAACUUACAAGGCAGAUGUUUACAGCUUUGGAGUCGUCGCUCUUGAAAUUGUUAGUGGAAAGUCUAAUGCAAGCAGCAAGCAAGCAGAAGAAGGUUAUUACCUUCUAGACGAGGCAUUUCUUCUUCAAGACAGAGGGUACCUUCUAGAGCUUGUGGAUCCCGAAUUGGGUUCAAACUACUCUAAGGAAGAAGCCAUGAUUAUGCUUAAUGUGGCUCUUCUCUGCACCAAUUCGUCCCCUUCUCUUCGGCCAACAAUGUCAAUAGCAUUGAGCAUGCUUGAAGGUCGAUUAGCCGUGGAACCUCUGCCUCCAGCACCAGCAUCAUCUGCCCACUUAAGAAAUAGAAAGCCUAGAGAAUUUUCUCAGACCAGAAAGCCGAGUCGAAGCCAGAGUUGGAGCUACAGCCAUUCGAUGGAAAUGCAGUGGACCGGAUCCUCUAUUUCUGGUCCUCAACCUAAUGAUGAUAGUGAGCAUCUUUUGGCAGAAAGUUCCCUGGAAAUCUACCGGUCAAUCUGGAUUCAGGGCGCCAUUACCAGAGAGAGAGAGAGAGAGCAGCGAAGGACGCAGGGGUUGGCGAUUAUGAUAUUGAUGCUGGUGAUGGAGAAGCGGAUAUGGUCGACUACAAGUGAUGGUGCUGGAGGUGAUCACCGAAUCCGAAGUCGAUCCCUUCUCCUUUUCGGCUUCGUGGUCUGCAUGGCGUUGGUUCUAGUCGCUAGUCCAUCUUCCGCGCAGACCCCCACACGUUUGGCUCCUGAUGAAGUGAGUGCACUUCGGCAAAUAGCAAAGACCCUGGGCAAGACAGAUUGGAACUUUGAAGUGGAUCCCUGCAGUGGAGAAUCGGGGUGGGCUACCCCCAAUCUACAGAAAGGAUUUGAGAAUGAUGUUACAUGUACUUGCCCUGAAAACGUUACAGGUUACUGCCAUAUUAAUAGCAUAGUGCUCAAGAGACAAGGCCUCCAAGGAACACUACCGAAGGAACUGACGAGGCUGCCAUUCCUUCGUCAAUUUGACGUCUCUUGCAAUUACCUGAAUGGAACAAUACCAAAAGAAUGGGGGGCCCUCCAAAUUGUCCGUGUGUCUCUCUUCGGAAACCGCUUAUCAGGUCCUAUUCCAAAGGAACUUGGAGACGUUAUCACCCUUGAGAACCUAUCACUUGAAGGAAACAAUUUCUCUGGAGAAAUACCCCCACAUAUUGGAAAUUUGACCAAUCUCAGGGAGAUAGCCCUCUCUUCAAACAAAUUUACAGGAGAACUACCGCAUGCUUUGGGGAGAUUAACGAAUAUAAUUGAUUUUAGAAUAAGUGAUAAUCUAUUUUCUGGAAAAUUGCCUGAUUUUAUUGUCAAGUGGACACGACUACAACGACUACAGAUCCAAGGCACUCCACUUGCAGGGCCUAUCCCAUCUGGCAUCAGCGAACUAGAGCAUCUAUCACAGUUGAGGAUUAGUGACAUAGCUGGAACAAAUGCAGAAUUCCCCAAUCUAAUCCGGAUGAAGAACUUAACACAAUUGAUUCUGAGGAAUUGCAUGCUAUCCGGUCAAAUUCCUGAUUAUAUUGGUCAAUUAACAAGCUUGCGAUUACUAGACCUAAGCUUCAACAACUUGACAGGUGGGCUGCCAGACUCUCUUAAGUUUCUCAAGCGGUUACAGUUCAUGUAUUUCACGAACAACAGUCUAACUGGCCUUCUAUCUGAUUGGAUACUGGGAACCAGCAUGGAAGUGGACUUGUCAUACAAUAACUUCACAGGCAUGGCUUCUGGUGCAUCAGUUAGUUGUACACAAGGAAAAGCAAAUUUAGUUAAAGGUUUUUCAACAGCAUCGGGACACCAAAAUGUUAUACACCCUUGCUUGAGGAAAAGCUGUGAUGACAGAAAACCAAAAUACUUUUCUUUUCAUAUAAAUUGUGGGAGCAGUAAAUCAGUUACUAUUGGGAGCAGAACAUUUGAUGGGGAUGACGGAGUAAAUGGUGGUGCAACCUUCUUUGUUAGUUCUCAAGGAAACUGGGCAUUAAGCAGCACAGGGACUAUCAUGGACAAUAAUGAUGACACUGACGUGUACACAGUGUCCAACAGCUCAAUACUCUCCAUGCCUAACCCAGAAUUGUACAUGGUAGCGCGCAUUUCUCCACUCUCUCUCAAAUACUACGGACUAUGUCUCUGGAAUGGGCCUUACACAGUGAAACUCUACUUUGCUGAAAUAGAGAUAACUGAUGAUAAAAACUGUAGCAGCCUGGGGAAUCGUAUAUUUGAUGUGUACAUCCAGGGGAAGCUAGAACUGACAGAGUUCAACAUAAAACAAUUUGCCAAUGGAUUUGGGAAGACCACAGUGCAGACAUUUCAUGUGAAUGUGACAACUAACAUACUGGAGAUUCAUUUCUUUUGGGCUGGAAAAGGCACUGAAAGAAUUCCAAGGGCCGGAGUAUAUGGUCCUCUUAUUUCAGCAAUUUCUGUUGAAUCUGAUUUCCAGCCUCCUGGGGAAAGGCAUAGCAAGAAGAUCGUCAUUCUUACUGUGAUUUGUGUGGCAUUUCUUUUGUUGAUGUUCUUGAUUAUUGGCAUCAUUUGGAAGAGCCAUGUCUUAUGCUGGAGACCAGUGGAAAUGGAACUUCAGCGACUUAACCUCCAAACUGCCGUCUUCACUUUGAGGCAAAUUAAAGGAGCCACAAAUAACUUCAGUGCUGGUAACAAGAUUGGGGAGGGAGGUUUUGGACCUGUUUACAAGGGUUAUUUAUCAGAUGGGACCAUUGUUGCAGUUAAACAGCUUUCUUCCAAGUCAAAGCAGGGAAGCCGUGAAUUUAUCACUGAGAUAGGCAUGAUUUCUGCGUUGCAGCACCCGAACCUUGUGAGGCUCUAUGGCUGUUGCACUGAGGGCAAACAACUGUUACUUGUAUAUGAGUACAUGGAAAAUAACUCUCUUGCCCAAGCUCUGUUUGGCCCAGAAGCAAAUAAAUUGAAGCUGGAUUGGUCCACCCGCCAUAAGAUCUGCAUUGGCAUAGCCAGCGGUCUGGCUUACCUUCAUGAAGAAUCUGCUCUGAAAAUUGUUCACAGAGAUAUCAAAUGUACAAAUGUUCUGCUUGACAAAGACCUGAACGCCAAAAUAUCUGACUUUGGGCUUGCCAAGCUUGAUGAAAAUGAGAACACCCACAUCAGCACUCAUAUCGCUGGAACCUUUGGUUACAUGGCACCUGAAUAUGCAAUGCGUGGUCACCUGAGUUUCAAGUCCGAUGUCUAUAGCUUUGGAGUUGUUGCUUUAGAAAUAGCUAGUGGGAAGAGCAACACAAAGUAUAAGCAUUCGGAAGAGGAUGUUUACCUUUUAGAUUGGGCACGUCUUCUUCAGGAUAAAGGGACGUUAUUGGUGCUGGUAGACCAAGAUCUGGGUUCUAACUACUCGAAGGAACAAGCCUUGACCAUGCUUAAUGUGGCUCUACUGUGCACCAAUCCAUCCCCUUCACUUCGGCCAACAAUGUCAACUGUUGUGAGCAUGCUUGAAGGCCAGACUUCUGUACAGUCCCCACUUCCAUCUCACGAACUUUCGAGUGCUGAAUUGCAUAACAAAACACGUGGGAUACUUACUCCACAGAGUGGCAUCCAAAGCCAGGCCUAUUCGAAAGUGCCGUGGAGUGUAUCUUCCAUAUCUGACCUUGAGGAGGAAGAAGAGAGUGGAUAUUUUUUAGCAGAACGAUCCCUGGAAAUUCGUAGUUGUAAUGAAGAAAAUGCUACAACCUAGUGCAGUAAUGAUGAAUCCACUGCUUGACUGCCUUAGAUCAGUCAGCUAUUAUUGUUCUUUGUAUACUUAGAAUGGAUAUGAGGACCAUAGGCUAUGCCUCUAAAAAUAUUAAAUUUAUUAAAUUAGUAGCUUCACUCA